UUUAACGAAGUAUAAAUUGGGACAUAGUUGCAAACUCGGCAUUCUUUCCGAAUCACUGUGAAACAGGGUGCAAAAAUGCGGAUUGCUUUGCUAUCGUCUCUUGUGGCUAUCUUAGCCGGUAUUGGAUAUGGUUCGGUGCUGAAUUCUGCCACUGGAAACCUCCUAGAUGCAUCUUCAAAAGUAUUGAACCCAGCCAAAAAUAUUCUGAACAUCACCUCCAAUAUUUUGGACCCAAAGGACUCUAAUUCUGACAAGAAACACAUUGACAGAGUACCAGAAAUGGUAGCAAAAAAUGGAUAUCCUGUAGAAAGUCAUUAUGUCACAACAUGGGAUGGCUACAUACUGAAUCUUCACCGCAUUCCUCACGGAAAAGGAAGCAAGAAAAAUAAUGGUAAAGUAGUUCUCCUUCAACAUGGUCUUCUAGCAUCAUCGACCGAUUGGGUUAUUGCUGGUCCCGGAAAAGGACUUGGUUACAUUCUAGCAGACGAAGGGUAUGAUGUAUGGCUAGGCAACGCUAGAGGUAACUUUUUUUCCCGCAACCACACAACUAUGAAUCCAGACAAGGAGUCUGAAUUCUGGGACUUCAGUUGGCACGAAAUAGGAAUGAGAGAUCUGCCAAUGAUGAUCGACUACAUCAUUGACAAAACUGGCGUUGAUGGAAUUUACUAUGCUGGACACUCCCAAGGAACCACUGCCUUCUACAUAAUGGCAUCAUCAAAACCAGAAUACAACCAAAAAGUCAAAGUACACGUCAGUUUGGCCCCAAUUGCUUUCAUGAACCACAUGACAAGUCCUCUAGUAAGAGUGAUUGCUGCAGGGGAAAGGUCUAUAUCUGUGCUAAUGGAUUUAAUAGGCAAAGAUGAGUUUCUCCCUAAGAGUGGUUUCAUGAGCAUGUUGUCAUCGGCAAUUUGUUCUGGGGAGAUAGGCGCCCUUUUAUGCAGCAAUGCAUUGUUCGCCGUUUGCGGUUUCAGUCCGAAACAAAUGAACGUCUCGCUGAUACCGGAACUUGUGCAGCACUAUCCUGCAGGAGUUGCAACUAAACAAGUUCUCCACUAUGCACAGGAAAUAAAUUCUGGACGUUUUUGUCAGUACAAUUUAGGUCUGAUAGGAAAUACUAGAAAAUACGGCAGUAUGGUACCACCUGAUUAUAACCUUGAUGAAAUUAAAACGCCAAUUCACUUGAUCUACAGUCAAAAUGAUUGGAUGGCUGCUGUUACAGAUGUAGAAAGGCUCGCUAAGGCCCUGGGUAGUUGUUUGAAAGAGAAAAUCUUGGUGACAGACCCCAAAUGGAAUCAUUUAGAUUUCACAUUUGGUAUUGAUGCUCCCAGAUUAGUUUACAAGAAGGUUCAAGAAAUUUUCGAAAAAUACUAAAAAAAAAAUGUCAAAACUAUCCUUUUCUGAAAAAUAAAGUUGUCUUAUCA